AGAGCGAGCGGGGAAGGGAGGGAGUCGGGAAGACGAAAGACGUGAAGGCUUUAGAGAGAGAAUGAGAGAGGCACGAGCCCCGAGCCCUAAUUUGUUAGAUUGAACGGGGCUGUUUCCAAGCGUUGGCAAUGGCGAUAAAAUAAAAAUUGUGCUAUGAAGAGGAAGCGGCAUCAGCGCUCUGGACCCGACGGGCUGGUGCCGGAGGAGGAGGAGGAGCCAGGCACCGAGGCUCAGCAUGAUGUGGAAGACGAAGACAGGUUGAAGCGAUUGCUGGAGGCCGCGGGCGCAGCCAUGCCUGAAGUCAGCGAUGGCGAUGGCGAUGGCGAAGCUCCUGCCGAUAGUCAUCUCGUGCAUUCUGAGGAUCCUAUGAGCGAUUCUAAGGUGGAGAAGACAGUCUUGGCUGAGUCGGUGAUGACGAUUGUUGCGGAAACCGCCGAGGAAGAGAUGGCGUUGACGGAGAUCGUGCCGAACAUGCGCAGAUGUGGCUUAUGUGGCGGAACUACCGAUGGAGAACCGGCUGCCGACAAUCCGUCUGAGGUAGCUGAUGGCCAAGCCAAUGGCUGUGUCAAGCCGCAUGAUGAGAGUUGCCUUGCAGACGUAACGCUUGACACUAAAAAAGCUGAUGGGUUCGGAGCGGGAACCGGUUGGCUUGGUCGCCUUUUGGGUCCUCUUGGUGAACAGUUCGGUGUGGGUGGAGUAUGGGUACAUGAGAACUGUGCCAUCUGGAGUCCCGAGGUGUACUUUUCAGGAUUUGGUCGCUUGAAAAAUGUGAAAGCAGCGCUUAGGCGAGGACGCCUUCUACGAUGUAGCUUGUGCAACCACCCAGGCGCUACCAUUGGAUGCCGCGUGGAUCGCUGUCCACAGAACUAUCACCUGCCAUGUGCACGUGCUGAGGGCUGCAUGUUCAACCACCGAAAGUAUCUCAUGGCUUGUUACGACCACUCUUAUUUGUUUAAGAGGCGGCGGAAGAAAAGAUACUGGGUCUCGAAGUCCGGGACUGUUCAACAGGAUGGAACUCAACAAGAGCAUUCGAAUCUUCCUAGGAUCUCUAAAACACAGAGGCGGGCCGCUGCAGCAGCUGCACGACUGAAGGAUAUUGAGGCAGAGGAGAAAUAUUUGGAUAAAGCCGAGGAAGACGAAGAGUUUGUGAGGCGAGAACGCAAACGCUUGCAAAGGGAUUUAGCUCAGAUAGCCCCGUUGAAAUUGGGAGGAGGGUCACACGGUAGUAACCAGGGUGUUGCUCCUGAAGGAUGGGAUAGUGUUGCCGGUUUACAAGACGUGGUGCAGUGUCUGAAGGAAAUGGUCACGCUGCCCUUGCUGUAUCCAGAGACUUUUACAAGGCUGGGAAUCUCAGCGCCCCGAGGUGUUCUCUUACAUGGACAUCCCGGAACUGGUAAGACUUUGGUGGUCAGGGCUCUCGCUGGUGCGUGUUCCAGAGGAGGUCAACAAGUUGCAUAUUUUGCCCGGAAAGGUGCUGAUAUACUGGGUAAAUAUGUUGGUGAUUCCGAACGGCAACUGCGUCUCCUCUUUCAAGUAGCAGAACAAUGUCAACCAGCAAUUAUAUUCUUCGAUGAAAUUGACGGACUUGCUCCCAGUAGGUGUGGCGACCGGGAUCAGACGCAGAGCUCGGUUGUUUCGACGUUGUUAGCGCUGAUGGAUGGUCUAAGCUCUAGGGGUUCAGUGGUUGUCAUAGGAGCUACUAAUCGUCCAGAUUCUCUUGACCCUGCUUUGCGCCGGCCUGGAAGAUUUGACCGUGAAAUAUACUUUCCACUCCCUUCGACUGAGGACAGGGCUUCUAUUCUUCGGCUUCACACUCGUACUUGGAAUCCAGCGCCCUCAUCAGAAAUCCUCGCUGCUGUUGCCAAGGCCACACCUGGUUUUGCUGGCGCUGAUUUGCAAGCACUUUGUGUGGAGGCAGCUAUGACUGCUCUUCGAAGAGUGGUUCCUCUCAAAUACAUUCUGGAUUCUGCUGCAUUGAAAGAGUCUUUGGAGAUCAGAUUGCCCUCUCUCCCCUCCAUUCAGGUGAAAGCUAAGGACUGGGCUAAAGCGGUAGCACGAGCCCCUUUACCUUGCUCUCGAAGGCUAGCUUCAAGUUCUUUGACUCAUGUUCCUGCUACUCCUCUCCCCAGGCACUUGGCACCUGCACUACUUCCAAUUUUGGUUGAACUAGUUGUUAAACUUGGUCUUGACGCCCGAGUAUCGCUCCCGCCGUUACUAGCAAAGGCAUUCUAUUUGACAGAGCUUGCUUUGACAGCUGAAAGUAACUUACAAAAUACUGAGUGCAGUUACUUCUCUAACAAGGGAGUCAUCCUUCCUGAAAAGUGGCAAACUAUGGUAGUCGAUUGCUUCAAAGAUACUACUUCUGGAUUAGGCAAGGCUUUGGAGUAUGCGUUUCUAGACACUGGUAUUAUGUUCGACGCCUAUGGAGCUCCCCACUAUUCCCAACCUGCUUCAACUGUUCGUUUCGAAAACGCUGGCAUAGCUGCUGAUGAAGGUUGGGUUACCUCCAAGAAUUCAAGAGGACCUAGUAAUUAUGAGGGUCUAAGCAGUUCUCGACGGAUAUCGAAUGACAAUGACUUGGAUGAAAUGGAUACUGCUGCUCAACAAAAAUGGCCAGGUUGUAAAUUCCGCGUAUUAUUGCUCGGAGGUGCCAAGCAGGGUCAAAAACUUGUUGCUGGGGCUGUUAUUAGUGGCUUUGAAGGGCUGGCUCAAACAAGAACUCUCAGUCUUCCAGCAAUGCUGAUGGAAGGGGGUGGAGAUAUGGAACAGGGUCUAAUCUACAUUAUAGGGGAAGCUAGGCGCAGUGCCCCUUGUGUGCUUUACAUGCCCAAGAUCGAAGAUUGGGUUGUAAGCAAAGACAAAAAUGGUAAAAACGACAUGAGUGGCAUCGUGAAGCAUCCAGAGGGCUUUGGGAUCUCAAAUGCUAGGGCAGAAGAUAGUCUUCAUGAAAGAUUUCGUGUCAAUAGUAAGAACGGGGAUGAAGCACCCCGAGACAUAUCUGUGGCUUGGAAAGUGAUGAAGCAGCAACUGCAGACCAUGCCUCCUGAUACUCAGCUUAUGCUUUUGGCAACUUGCGAGUCUGGUGUCGAAUCCCUCCCUCUUGAAGUAGUUAACUAUUUUUCUCCUCAGUUUGAAAGGACAUCAAGCAUCUCCUCGGUUUGUGCGGCUAAAGUGUCCCCAUGCGUGCUUGUGGAAUUCUCCUCAAAUUACGAGCUAAAGAGCGUGCUGGAAAAGGCAUCUCAAGAUAUUGCUAGUGUGCUGGCCUCUGGAUUUGGUAGUAGAAUGGCCAGGCUGAGAGAAGAAUAUAUUGCAGGGUGUUCUGCCGAGAAGCCUAAAUUUACUAACGCUGUGGGGGUGAGAUUGCCAACAUCGCUGCAGCAAGCUAUUGCCAACAAGGUCUCUCAAAUACGGACACGUGUGCGAGAAGAUCUAGGAAGAGAUUUGAGGAACAUAGGGCAAGACUGGGCAAGAAUAUUAGGCGGAUCUCCUUAUGCGAAUGACUUAGCCAAGGUAUUUGGCAUGGAUGUGGGUAGGGGUUUAGGUCUCGAUUUGGGAUUAGAGUUUAAAAAUCUGGAAUUUGGUCUUGUCGAGGAGGCCAAUAAAGAGUGCAAUAUUGAUGUCGGGGGGAAAUUAGCAGCAGUAGACAAGAAUGCUGUUGGUGCCUCUUGUACGAUUGGAUGUAAUGAACGCAGCUCCCUUGGUAUACUAGAAGACCAUCAAAGAUCUGCGCACUGUAAAGAUGCAGAAUUUGUUAUAUCAGGAGGGCGAUCUUUGAAUUUCAAUGAAGUCGAUGUUAAUGAACAUGGCACUAUGAGGAAAACACUUCAUUUGCAAGAUCUGUGUACAUCUACAGAUCGUAUGAACGACACUCGAAUUCAUCCGGUGGGAUGGGAUAAGGAACAGCGCGAGGGGCAGCCUACUUCCGAGUCUCUAGGUACUGCUAAGGUAGGGGAUUCUAUGAAGGCCGCUGAAGAGUCUUCAGCAACAUGGACAUCUCAACGGAAAGCCCUUCAAAGUGCAAUUGCCUUUUGUGGCUACCGCUUACUUCGUGAUCCACAAUUAGCAGGGCUACGUAGUGCCACAACAAUGCUGAAGAGAGUACCUGUCGUUGACAUAAAUGAAGGUAAAGAUGGUGAAACUUUUAAUUGGGAAACUCUUGAAUUUGAAACAUGUGGUGGGCGGCGAAAAGACGAGGCGUACGAACCGGAGUAUGUCCGGGGGCUUACAGCUGUGGGUUUCAAGGCAUGUAGGGGGAUUUAUAGAACUGGUCGCGAGGUGGAGUACGAGUUGCGGCGGGUGAUAGAAACUUUGUAUGAAAGGGUGCAUCACAAGAUAGAUAGUGGAAAAGGUAGCCUGCAAUAUUUUCAUCUAACAACGCAAGCAGCCACUCUAGUGGAUCUGAUGGCCUCUUGGGUGCUGGAAGUGCGCAAGUUGGAGAUUGCUGCUAAUAUGCACAAUGUGCCCAUAGCACAGAAUAUUCUCGAAGUUCCAUAUGUUGAAGAGCAGCAACAGGAGCCUUCUGAAGCACGAGAAGGAGUUGAGGCCACUGACGCUGGCGCUGCAAACGAAGAGCUUCACACUGCGUCUGCUGACGUGGCACUAAAAGAGGGAGGCGAACGUGGUAGUAUACAAGUAGAAAACGGUUUUAUAACUCGGCAAGAAUCCAAGAUCAAUUGUAACUCAAAUGGUAAUGGAGAUGUUCAAAGGGUAGAAGCAUCUGACUUGAUUGGGACCGCCCAGAAAUCCAAUGACGGAGAAAAGCUGCCAACGACUCCAAAUGGUCGUGAAAUCCAGCCUCUGGCUAAUGGUAUUGCAAGAGGAGCAUAUGGAUGUUUUCCUAGUGAACACAGUCAGUUGGAUGCUGCUACUGUACCGACAGAGAUAAAGAGCAAACAUCUUUCACCUGGAAGAUACGGAGCCAGGUCUCAUCAUAAGUCGCACGUAGAAACCACGGUUGAAAGGGAUUCGCCUGGUGGAAAAAUUAAACUUCUUUCUUCUUUUAAAGACACAACUACUUCAGAAACCUGCUUGCAGCAACGCACUCAAGAUCAUGCUCCCUUCCCUCAUGAGGGCUCAACCUCAACACCUACUCCAAGAACGAAAGGCUUGCGUCAUUCUGUGCGAUUUAAACCGGACUGUCUUCAUCAACUAGAAUGCGUAGUUGGGGAAUUUCUAAACCUUUCAUGCGAAAUAGACUCUUCAAACCUCUCAGUGGAAGUUUUGCAUGACCUUAUCACUGGGUGUGCAUCCUCUGCUUUAGCCGCAGCGCAGAACGUUCUAAGUAAGUCUGAGAAAACUACUAUCACGCAUCAGGUUAUUUUGCAAUGGGCAGGAUUAACGUGCCGCUGCGGAAGUGAUGAAGAUGGCGAGGUUGGUGCUUUAAUGAUGGGUGGAAGUUCAAUGCAACUUCCUCCUACCGAAUCUCCAAUUGCGUCAAAUGAGCAGGUGACCCCAAUUAGUCAGACCUCUUCGAGAAAGUCCAAAAAGAGAAAGAAGUCAAGAAUGUCCUUUUCUGACCUUCAAGCUCCACCAGCUAAGAGGUUAGGUGUCAGUGCACCUGAUGCAUCACCUACAUCCUCUUCAUUUGGGCUGAUAUCCCCGAUGAAACAGUCGAAUAGCAAGAAAAGUUAUACAUGCCUACGCCCUGUUAGUAGGGCCGUAAAAAAGUUGGUGGAUGAUCUGGCAAUCAGCAAAGAAGCAAAUCUGAAGUUCACAUUCGGUCGUUGAAUCUCCUCAAUAAGAAUGCUUUUGUUAGUUUGGUGGCCAAUAUAUUCAGGUAGGAAAUGAAGGAGAAAACAUCUUGGGCACCUACUUCUGACGCCAAGUCACAUUCUAAAGAUCAUUGCGGAUUCUUUCGCUUUUCGCUGCUACAAACCGUGACCAGUAAUGACUGCAGAGUAAUGUUUCUAAUUUGAGUGCUUUAUGGCUACACCGCAUUUAUCCUGGUUCCAGAUGGGCUCAGUGCCAGGGUAAAGCAUUUUUCUCCGAAGCGUUGAGGUCCUGCAGCCUGGGUGCUAUGAUGUACUUGCUGAACUUUCGCAACAUAUACCAGGUCAUUUCCUUCUUAAUUCUGUUAUGUAUGGUCAAAGCUUUGAGGUAUUAACCUCCGUUGUGUUGCUUUUGAAGGCUUCGAAAUGUUUCGCAGCGAAAGAUAGGGUGAUAUGUAAUAUGCACCGAUGUUCUAUUCAAAGCUUACUCUGCUGGGCUUGGCUUCCAAAAUAUGAUUUGAAGUAGAGGUGGAUUUUUUUGGGUUGUUAGCUAGCAUGCUAUAUGGUCUGUAUCGAAUCAUGAACUUUAUUAUAGAGUAGAUUUGAGAUCAUCAUGAGACAACUAGGCCACCAACGUUGAACUUGUAAAUAUGAUUCUACCUCAAUUUGUUCAGAACACGCCUACACAAGGAACUUCUAUAACAUUCGAAGAUAGCUUUACAAAUUUAUUCUUGCAAGAGUUGAAUUGAAUAAGCCUA